AUGGGUUCAUCUUCGAGAAAAUGUGUCUUUGUGUUUCUUCUUCUCUUGAGCAUUGUGUUAGAGUUGAGUGUAACAACUCUUGGUGAUGGCAAGCUUAACAAAGAAUUGAAGGAAGAUGGUUGUGGAAUUGGUAGGAGGGGUUGUAGUGGUAGGGGAAGGAAAGGACGAGGGUUAUUUGGAGUCGGAGGAGUUGGUGGUGGCAGUGGGUUUGGAGCUGGAGGUGGUGUUGGCGGAGGUGCAGGUGGCGGAGUUGGUGGAGGAGGAGGGUUUGGCGGUGGUGAAGGUGGUGGCAUUGGGGGUGGGUCAGGUCAUGGUGGUGGAUUUGGAGCAGGAGGAGGUGUCGGAGGAGGCAUUGGUGGAGGUGCUGGAGGAGGCGGCGGCCAAGGAGGUGGUGUCGGUGGCGGUUCUGGCCAUGGGGGAGGUUUUGGAGCAGGUGGCGGAGUAGGAGGUGGCAUUGGAGGUGGUGGUGGAGGCGGAGGUGGAGCAGGCGGAGGCGUUGGAGGCGGUGGAGGAUUCGGAGGAGGUGGUGGUAGUGGUGGUGGAUUUUAA